GUAAUGCUCUUAUUGAACUUUUAAUUAAGAGACUCGACUCGAAUCGCAGCAAAGUCGACGCCGGAGCGAGCGAUCCACCGUACCUGACUUCUCCGAUGGCGAUCAUCUACGCGGUUGUGGCGAGAGCCACGGUGGUGCUAGCUGAAUUCAGCGCCGUCACGGGAAACACAGGCGCCGUGGUGCGGCGGAUCCUCGAAAAACUUUCGCCGGAGACCGCCGACGAGAGACUCUGUUUCUCGCAAGACCGUUACAUCUUCCACAUCCUCAGAUCCGAUGGACUCACCUUUCUCUGUAUGGCCAACGAUACCUUCGGAAGGAGGAUACCGUUUUCGUAUUUGGAAGAUGUUCACAUGAGGUUCAUGAAAAACUACGGGAGAGUGGCGCUUCAUGCACCAGCUUACGCUAUGAAUGAUGAGUUCUCGAGGGUUUUGCAUCAGCAGAUGGAGUUUUUCUCUAGUAAUCCUAGUGUUGAUGCUCUCAAUCGUGUCAGAGGAGAAGUCAGUGAGAUUCGAUCGGUGAUGGUGGAGAACAUUGAGAAGAUAAUGGAGCGAGGUGAUAGGAUUGAGCUUCUUGUUGAUAAAACUGCAACAAUGCAGGAUAGUUCGUUUCAUUUCAGGAAACAGUCUAAGCGCUUACGCAGAGCUCUUUGGAUGAAAAACGCUAAGCUCUUGGUAGUGAUGACGUGCUUGAUAGUUGUCGUACUGUACAUCCUAAUCGCCUUUUUCUGUGGAGGCAUCACUUUAUCCUCAUGCAGAUCUUAAUCUCAAGAGGCCUUAUCGAAUGUAAUGGCACUUCUAAAAGGUUUUUCAGCCGGGAACAGAUCAUUGUUUUGUAAAUUAAGUUACAUGUCGUUGUCUUCCUUGAUUAUGCGCAAGUAUUGUAAAUGUCAGAAUGAUUCAGAGUUUCAUAAAAGACUACUACAUCUUCUCUUCUAGAAGGUGUUACUUGUGUGAGUUUGUUCUCUGUAUCUCAUCUGGUUUGUCUUUUAUGAAUCUUGCAUCUGCAAUGUACAUCACAUAUUUGUUGUUUGUAACAUUUCUUGUUUAUAACUAUUCCUCUCACACAUGUUCAA